AUGAACGUCGACCACGUAAUACAGUUAUCAAAAGCUAAGAAAGCCUGUAGAGCUAACCACAGGAUUUUCUACAACUCAAAUAUAGAACCAAAAGCCAAGAUCAUCUGCUACCAACUACUGGUCCGACUCAUAAUCUCAUACGCAGCUCCAGUCCUGUGGAACACUGGCCCUUCGGUAAUGGAACACUAUAGAAGAUUCGAACGAUCCUGCCUGAGAGCCUGUUUAGGCAGAUAUCGAACUGUAGACUCUAACUUCACCAAGCGCAUUGACAACAAAUCCAUCUACGAUACAGCCAACAUCUCAAGGUUCGAUACUUUCUGUCUGACACUCACACGAAAUUAUUUCAGCAAUGUAUAUCAAAUAAAUAAAGAUCUACUCAACAAGCUGAAGGUAGAAAACAACACCAUGGUUCUACGAAUGGCCAAAAGCAACUACUCUCCGCCUGAACUUUUCACGAACCUUGAUAGACUGGGUCUCAUUCAGGACAGUGAUAAUAUACCAGUUAUAUGCCAUAUCCAACGCCACUGCGCAAGAAAGGCAGUAUUCACUGAUACCGAUAUUCCUAAAGACUAA